GUCGGGAGGCGACUUGUUCGGACGCCGCGGCGGUGCGCAGGCGCCGUGGCCGGACUGGGGACUUUGUUCUCCGCGGAGAAACCCAAGGGCGGUGCCGGUGGCUGGCUGCGCACGCGCGCCGCCUCAUUUCCGGUGCUCUCUCUCGCUGGGUCGCUCGGGUCGGCUUCGGUCGCUGCCGCUGCCGCUCUGCCACCCCCGCCAACCGCCGCUCGGGCCUCCGUCGCUGCCGCGUCGCUUUCUCGCUCCUCGGAUCGCACAUCCUCCCAGAUGCAGCGCCGGGACGACCCCGCCGCGCGCAUGAGCCGGUCCUCGGGCCGUAGCGGCUCCAUGGACCCCUCCGGUGCCCACCCCUCGGUGCGUCAGACGCCGUCUCGGCAGCCGCCGCUGCCUCACCGGUCCCGGGGAGGCGGAGGGGGAUCCCGCGGGGGCGCCCGGGCCUCGCCCGCCACGCAGCCGCCACCGCUGCUGCCGCCCUCGGCCACGGGUCCCGACGCGACAGUGGGCGGGCCAGCGCCGACCCCGCUGCUGCCCCCCUCGGCCACAGCCUCGGUCAAGAUGGAGCCGGAGAACAAGUACCUGCCCGAACUCAUGGCCGAGAAGGACUCGCUUGACCCGUCCUUCACUCACGCCAUGCAACUGCUGACGGCAGAAAUUGAGAAGAUUCAGAAAGGAGACUCAAAAAAGGAAGAUGAGGAGAAUUACUUGGAUUUAUUUUCUCAUAAGAACAUGAAACUGAAAGAGCGAGUGCUGAUACCUGUCAAGCAGUAUCCCAAGUUCAAUUUUGUGGGGAAGAUUCUUGGACCACAAGGGAAUACAAUCAAAAGACUGCAGGAAGAGACUGGUGCAAAGAUCUCUGUGUUGGGAAAGGGCUCGAUGAGAGACAAAGCCAAGGAGGAAGAGCUGCGCAAAGGUGGAGACCCCAAAUAUGCCCACUUGAAUAUGGAUCUGCAUGUCUUCAUUGAAGUCUUUGGACCCCCAUGUGAGGCUUAUGCUCUUAUGGCCCAUGCCAUGGAGGAAGUCAAGAAAUUUCUAGUACCGGAUAUGAUGGAUGAUAUCUGCCAGGAGCAGUUUCUAGAGCUGUCCUACUUGAAUGGAGUACCUGAACCCUCUCGUGGACGUGGGGUGCCAGUGAGAGGCCGGGGAGCCGCACCUCCCCCACCACCUGUUCCCAGGGGCCGUGGUGUUGGACCACCUCGGGGGGCUUUGGUACGUGGUACACCAGUAAGGGGAGCCAUCACCAGAGGUGCCACUGUGACUCGAGGCGUGCCACCCCCACCUACUGUGAGGGGCGCUCCAGCACCAAGAGCACGGACAGCAGGCAUCCAGAGGAUACCUUUGCCUCCACCUCCUGCACCAGAAACAUACGAAGAAUAUGGAUAUGAUGAUACAUAUGCAGAACAAAGUUACGAAGGCUACGAAGGCUAUUACAGCCAGAGUCAAGGGGACUCAGAAUAUUAUGACUAUGGACAUGGGGAGGUUCAAGAUUCUUAUGAAGCUUAUGGCCAGGACGACUGGAAUGGGACCAGGCCGUCGCUGAAGGCCCCUCCUGCUAGGCCAGUGAAGGGAGCAUACAGAGAGCACCCAUAUGGACGUUAUUAAAACAAACAUGAGGGGAAAAUAUCAGUUAUGAGCAAAGUUGUUACUGAUUUCUUGUAUCUCCCAGGAUUCCUGUUGCUUUACCCACAACAGACAAGUAAUUGUCUAAGUGUUUUUCUUCGUGGUCCCCUUCUUCUCCCCACCUUAUUCCAUUCUUAACUCUGCAUUCUGGCUUCUGUAUGUAGUAUUUUAAAAUGAGUUAAAAUAGAUUUAGGAAUAUGGAAUUAAUUUUUUAAGUGUGUAGAUGCUUUUUUCUUUGUUGUUUAAAUAUAAACAGAAGUGUACCUUUUAUAAUAAAAAAAAGAAGUUGAGUAAAAAAAAAAACACACAAACCUGUUAGUUUCAAAAAUGACAUUGCUUGCUUAAAGGUUCUGAAGUAAAGGCUUGUUAAGUUUCUCUUAGUUUUGAUUUGAGGCAUCCCGUAAAGUUGUAGUUGCAGAAUCCCAAACUAGGCUACAUUUCAAAAUUCAGGGCUGUUUAAGAUUUAAAAUCACAAACAUUAACGGCAGUAGGCACCACCAUGUAAAAGUGAGCUCAGACGUCUCUAAAAAAUGUUUCCUUUAUAAAAGCACAUGGCGGUUGAAUCUUAAGGUUAAAUUUUAAUAUGAAAGAUCCUCAUGAAUUAAAUAGUUGAUGCAAUUUUUAACGUUAAUUGAUAUAAAACAACAACAACAACAACAAAAUUAGGCUUGUAAAACUGACUUUUUCAUUACGUGGGUUUUGAAAUCUAGCCCCAGACAUACUGUGUUGAGAGAUACUUAGGGGGGAGGGAGUAGGUUUUGAAGAGGUUGAUGGUGGUGGGGGGUGGGGGGGAAGGCCUCCUGAAUUGAGUUUGAUGCAGAGCUUUUUAGCCAUGAAGAAUCUUUCAGUCAUAGUACUAAUAAUUAAGUUUUUCAGUAUUUAAAAAGACAAAGUAUUUUGUCCAUUUGAGAUUCUGCACUCCAUGAAAAGCUCACUUGGACGCUGGGGCCAAAAGCUGAUGAUUUUCUUAAGUUGACGAUUGUCAAUAUAUCGACUGUUCCCAAGUUAGUCAAGUAUGUCUCAACACUAGCAUGAUAUAAAAAGGGACACUGCAGCUGAAUGAAAAAGGAAUCAAAAUCCACUUUGUACAUAAGUUAAAGUCCUAAUUGGAUUUGUACCGUCCUCCCAUUUUGUUCUCGGAAGAUUAAAUGCUACAUGUGUAAGUCUGCCUAAAUAGGUAGCUUAAACUUAUGUCAAAAUGUCUGCAGCAGUUUGUCAAUAAAGUUUAGUCCUUUUUUAAUCAAA